AUGAAGGUGGAGAGAAAGCUUCUUACCAUCACUCUCUCCAGGUUCACUAAGAAUCUUUCCCCGGACAAAAUCAACUUGAGCACCCUGAAGGGAGAGGGUCAGCUGACCAACCUGGAGCUGGAUGAAGAGGUUUUACAGAAUGUGCUGGAGCUGCCCACCUGGUUGGCCAUCACUCGUGUCUACUGCAACAGGGCCUCUAUCCGGAUCCAGUGGACAAAGUUGAAGACGCAUCCAAUUUGCUUGUGUCUGGAUAAGGUAGAGGUGGAGAUGAAGACUUGUGAGGAGCCUCGGCCCCCCAAUGGACAGUCACCCAUUGCCCUUGCUUCAGGACAGAGUGAGUAUGGCUUUGCCGAGAAGGUAGUAGAGGGGAUGUUCAUUAUCGUUAAUUCCAUCACCAUCAAGAUUCACUCCAAGGCCUUCCAUGCCUCUUUUGAGUUGUGGCAGCUCCAGGGCUACAGUGUCAACCCCAACUGGCAACAGAGUGAUCUCCGCCUCACCCGCAUCACUGACCCCCACCGUGGAGAGGUUUUAACAUUUAAGGAAAUAACUUGGCAAACACUUCGAAUUGAGGCAGAUGCCACAGACAAUGGUGAUCAGGACCCAGUCACUACUCCACUGAGGCUUAUUACCAACCAGGGCAGGAUCCAAAUAGCCCUCAAGAGAAGAACCAAAGAUUGUAACGUGAUUGCCUCCAAGCUGAUGUUCCUGUUGGAUGACCUGCUCUGGGUGCUAACUGACUCGCAGCUCAAGGCCAUGAUGAAGUAUGCAGAGUCGCUGAGUGAGGCCAUGGAGAAGGCGGCCCAGCAAAGAAAGAGCCUUGCCCCUGAACCUGUGCAGAUCACCCCACCUGCUCCCAGUGCCCAGCAGUCCUGGGCCCAGGCCUUCGGUGGCAGCCAGGGCAGCAGCAACAGCAGCAGCAGCCGCCUAAGCCAGUACUUCGAGAAAUUUGAUGUGAAAGAGUCCUCCUAUCAUCUGCUCAUCUCUCGCCUGGACCUGCACAUUUGUGAUGACAGCCAGUCCCGAGAGCCAGGUGUCUCUGCAAACAGACUCACGGGUGGUGCCAUGCAGCUUACCUUCCGCAAGAUGGCAUUUGACUAUUACCCCUUCCACUGGGCAGGUGAUAGCUGCAGACACUGGGUACGGCACUGUGAGGCCAUGGAGACCCGAGGCCACUGGGCUCAGAAACUGGUGAUGGAGUUUCAGAGCAAAAUGGAGAAGUGGCAUGAGGAGACAGGUCUAAAACCACCCUGGCACCUGGGAGUAGACUCUCCCUUCCGGAGGAAGGCAGAUUCUCUUUCCAGUCCUCGAAAGAACCCCCUUGAGAGAAGUCCCUCUCAGGGCCGACAGGCUGCCUUUCGGCCCCCAGCAUGGAAUCGUUUACGCUCCAGCUGCAUGGUGAUACGAGUAGAUGACCUGGAUAUCCACCAGGUUUCUACAGCUGGACAGCCAAGUAAGAAACCAUCUGCACUCCUUUCCUGCAGUCGGAAACUCCACAAGCUACCCACUCAGGUCUCUGCCAUUCAUAUUGAGUUUACAGAGUAUUACUUCCCAGAUAAUCAGGAGCUUCCAGUUCCAUGUCCCAAUCUCUACAUUCAGUUAAAUGGUCUGACAUUUACUGUGGAUCCUGUCAGCUUGCUCUGGGGAAACCUCUUUUGCCUGGAUUUAUACCGCAGCUUGGAGCAGUUCAAAGCUAUCUAUAAGCUGGAAGAUUCAAGCCAGAAAGAUGAACACUUGGACAUCCGACUGGAUGCCUUUCGGUUGAAGGUGAGCUGCCCACUGGAGAAGAGAGAACAGGCUGGGUUGCAUCGUCCCCAAGCCCUUGUCAUCUCUGCAUCAGGCAUGAGUGCCACCAAUACACGUCAUGCCCCACACUGUAGCUGUGCAGACCUCCGGAACCUCUUCCGGGGUUUUGCUGCUACUGAGUUCUUUCAUUCCAGCUAUGUUCACUUCCCCAAGGUUCCAGGUGGCUUUAGCUUUCUGCACAUGCUUUUUUUGCAUAAUGCCUUUCAGCUGGAUUCCCACCUCCCUCAGCCUAAUGUUUUCUCUCCCCAGAGGCCUAAGGCUUCCCAGGAUCUCUGGUCCAUCCACUUCACUCAGAUCUCUUUGGACUUUGAGGGAACAGAGAACUUCAAAGGCCAUACCUUGAAUUUUGUGGCCCCUUUCCCCUUGUCCAUUUGGGCCUGCCUACCCCUCCGCUGGCAGCAAGCCCAGGCACAGAAGCGCCUUUUGGCUGCAGAGGGGAGGCUGAAACCAUCAGCCAGCUUUGGCAGUCCUGUCCAUUCUGAGGCCCUUGUCCCUGACUCUGUGUCCCAUCAGAGGUCAAAGACUGAGCAAAAUUUGAAAAGCCUGUCAGGACUUACGGAAGUCAUGGAAAUUCUGCAAGAGGGCAGAGAUGGUGCAGACAGCAAAGGGCCUCUGACAGAGCUGGAGGAUGCAGCAGAUGUUCACAUGCUUGUACACUCCCCUGCCCAUGUCCGUGUGAGGCUUGACCACUACCAGUACUUGGCUCUGCUCCGCCUGAAGGAGGUGUUGCAGGGUCUUCAGGAGCAGCUGACUAAGGAUACAGAGGCCAUGACUGGGACUCCCCUGCAGGACCAGACAGCUUGCGUUGGAGUCCUCUUCCCCAGCGCUGAAGUGGCUCUGCUCAUGCAUCCUACCCCUGGGGCUGGUGAGACUGACUCUGCAGGUUCAGAUACCACCAGCGUCAUAGAUUCAGAGCUUUCUCCUUCAGAGGAUCAGGGGGUGAAGUCUGAUGCCUCCUCAGACCAGGGCCCAGCAAGCCCUGAGAAGGUCCUGGAGGCUAGUGGCAUUGAAAAUCUGGAUGUAUCCCAGGAUAGGCCACUGCCUCUCCAUAGUAAUGGAGAACUGCAGGACUCAGGUUCACUUGCUCCGCAGCUGGCAGGGAAGGGCCAUGAGGCAGUCGAGUCCCUCCAGGCCAAGAGACUGAGCAGAGCCCAAGCAUCCAGCUCACCUGCUGUGUUGAAGCCCCCAAGUGGCAGAGAUACUGCUGUGAAUGGAGAGGGUGAGCUCAUCCCCUUGAAGAACAUUGAGGGAGAGCUGUCAAGUGCUAUUCAUAUGACCAAGGAUGCCACCAAGGAGGCCCUACAUGCCACCAUGGACCUCACCAAGGAAGCUGUGUCCCUGACUAAGGAUGCCUUCAGUCUGGGCAAAGACCGAAUGACCUCCACCAUGCACAAGAUGUUGUCCCUGCCCCCAGCCAAGGAGCCCAUGGCCAAGAUAGAUGAGGGUGUGACAGCGCCAAUGAGUGGAGGUGCUGCCCGACUCCGCUUUUUCUCCAUGAAGAGGACAGUGUCUCAGCAGUCAUUUGAUGGUGUCUCAUUGGAUAGCAGUGGCCCUGAAGACCGAAUUUCAGUGGACAGCGAUGGCAGUGAUGGUUUUGUGAUGCUCUCGGAGUCCGAGUCUGGUCCGGAAUCUCUCCCGCCAGGAUCUCUUCCGAAUGUCUUGGAUGAUGCUGGUGUUCAAGGGAGCCCUGUUGCGGAUAAUUAUGGCCAGGGGUCACCAGAGGCCAACAGUUCAGUCUCACUCAGUAGAGAAGACCUCAGUCUUCACCCGGUCUCAGUUCUGGUCCUGAAGGUAAAUAAGGUGUCUUUUGGGAUUGAGGUACGUGGUGAGGACCUGACAGUGGCCCUGCAAGCAGAGGAACUGACCCUCCAGCAGCUGGGUACCAUGGGACUCUGGCAGUUCCUGCACGGACAGUGCCCAGGAACAAGUUUUCAGGAAUCCUCAGCUUUGAAGACUGGCCAUAUCAUGCCAGCUGUGGGCCUUCGCUUUGAGGUGGGACCUGGUGCAGCUGUUCAUUCCCCCCUGGCCAUACAGAAUGGCUUCCUGCACUUGUUGCUUCAUGGCUGUGACCUAGAGCUGCUCACCUCGGUGCUCAGUGGCCUGGGGCCCUUCUUGGAGGAUGAGGAGAUUCCAGUGGUGGUCCCCAUGCAGAUUGAGCUCCUGAACUCCAGGAUCACCCUAAAGGAUGAUAUCCCCCCCAUCUAUCCGACAUCCCCAGGCCCUGUCCCCAUCACUCUGGCCAUGGAACACGUCGUGCUGAAGCGGAGUGAUGAUGGUGUGUUCCACAUAGGUGCUGCUGCUCAGGACAGACCACCAACAGAAGUAGCUAAAAGUGAGAAGAGGCAGCCCCCAAAAGAACAGGUGUUUCUGGUGCCCACAGGGGAAGCUUUUGGACAGCAGGUGAAAGAACUGCCUACCCUACAAAAGGAACUUAUAGAAACCAAGCAAGCAUUGGCUAAUGCCAACCAGGAUAAAGAAAAACUUCUUCAGGAGAUUAGGAAAUAUAACCCCCUCUUUGAGCUCUGACAGCAGCGCUCAGCCGUUUGUGUCAAGGAGAGAGGAGAUCACCAGCAACAGCACCACCUAGGACAGAAGGCUCCGUCCAGUGUUGAAUAAGUCUGCCUAAGGAUGCUGGAGAGAGUGAGGGGUGCCGGACUCACUCCUUGGAGGUGUACUUUCUACUAGCUGUUCUAACACGGAUGGAGGACAGGGCAAAGCAUGACCAUGUCCCAGGAAACUGGGGGCAGCUUUGUGCGUGGCUCAGAUGUCAUCUUUUACAUAUAUAAAGCCUUCUGACCCUCUGCAUGCUAGGUGGAAUCUUCUGGGCACUGUAGGGCCAUUUCACCUCCUGGUUUCAUGGCAGAGACAUUUGCUUCUUCCACAACCUUGUGAACAAGGAAUAGUACUCACCUCCUCAGUCACCAACAGAGCCACCAAAGAUUCUACGUACCAGAGCUUCCUGUAGCGGACCUGAACAGGCCUUGGCCUGAGCCUUGGUCACGGUAGUGGAGUGGAAUAAGAAAGUCUAGCAAGGUGGGGGCCAGGAGAGGUACAAGAAUAAGGGGGAUCUGUACUCUGCCUUUUUUGGAAAGGGAACUAAGUUCCUAUCAUCUUGGCUGAUAUUACUAUCAGAUUUGUUAAGGUUCCGCUUCCUUUCUGUUACACUUUCAUCAUUGUGAUGCUGGGGUAGAAAGCACCAUUUAGAGGGCACAAUGCUAGUACCAUCUUUUCCCUCUAUAACAAUUUAUUUGAAAUUUAAAUCAAGAAAAAUGUAUUCAUUCAGAUUUAGGUUGAAUUGAAGGCAUGAUGUGGUAGGAAUCAGGGGGCUUGAUUCUGAGCCCCCUCAGCCCACCUAAGUCC